AUGGGCAGCGGAGGAGGAGGGUCUCAGCCGGGAUUUGGUGAAGAGGAGCAAGAAACAAAGGGAAGGGGGAAGAUGUUGCCCUGGCUGCUGCCUGAGAGCUGCCUGCCUGGCUUCCCGGGGCCUGGAAAGUGGCUCCCGCUCUACGCCAAGGAGGAGAUGCCAACGUCAUUGUGGAGGCCGACUGGGCAGUGCACCCUGCUGGCUCAUGAUAAAGAAUGUGGAGGAGCAAUGAGGGGACUGGCAUGGCAUUUGAUUCCCGCAUCUGGGGGUCCUACCGGGGCCCUGAGGCCGCUGCUCACAUUGCCCAGGGCCAGGGGAGAUGAGGCCUCUUUAGCUCCUGCUCGUGGCGAGGGCAGGGCAUGGGAGAAGCCUCUGAGGGAGCCACGGAAGCCCUCGUUCCAGCACUCAAAGAGCAGUGGGCACAGCAGGCCGUCCACGGACCAACCGGAGCCACAGUCCAAGAUCUGGUCUGCAUCCGGCGUUGAAUGGCCCUUCUCUUUGGUUCUUCCCUCUAGGGUUCCUCUGACUUCAGGGCCUGAGAGCUGGGAGGCUGCCAAGCCUGGCCUGGGGGCUGCGGCCCAUCGUCCCAGCAGCCCCAAGAUUGACUGUGUCAUCUGUUACUGCUGCUAUGACCUCUCUGCCCACCUCCCUCGCCGCCUCUACUGUGGCCACACGUUUUGUCAGGCCUGCAUCCGGCGCCUGAAUGUGGUGGCCAACGAACAGUGGUGGAUCCCGUGCCCCCAGUGCCGCCAAAACACCCCCACCCCGCGUGGAGGGGUGACAAUGCUUGAUUUGGACCUCGCAGCCUUCCUAGUGGUCAAGUCUGAGAAGGAUGCUCCGCGGCCGGGAGGUAGACCGCAUCCGGAGCUGUUCCCCAAGGAGAAGCCGGUCAUCACGGAGCAGCCGGCGGGCUCGCGCCAGGAAAUCCUGCCUGAGCCCCAGCCCUGUUUUCCCCAGAACGGCUGCUGCCGCUGCGAGCCCCCUUUUUGCUGUGGGACCACAGCGGCUUUUCAGAGCUGAAUUAGGCUUCUGCCUGUGUGGUGCAGCGUCUCGUAACAGAGAGGUGACGCGUUUGUCCGUGGCUGAACUUGAAAUUCCAGAGUUUUCUGAAAAUGUUUCCGUCUUUGCUGCAUCUUGCGGGACUUCCCCGCUGUGAUGGUUUUCUAGCACAGUCUCCUGACCAGCUCCGAGCUGUGUCUAAACCCACCAGGCCCAAAUCCUGCGCCAGCUCCUCAGUGCUUGCUUGGCGAUGGCAAGUUGGGCAUUGCUAUAGACUGUAGCCGGCUGGUCCUGCUCCAGAGCUGCAUUCUUAGCACGGUGUCAUGUUUUUCUCAGUCACGCCUCCCGGACUU